CCGUGGUAUUGUUUCUUCAACGCUAUGCAGGGAUCUUUCUCUUGUCCUUGUGUCUCCGACACGCCAGUACCUCACGUGAAGUUCUCCCAAAACCACAUCUUAUAAAACCCGUCAGCUUCCUCUCUUCACAACUUCACCUCUACCUCCCCUUCACUCCCUCACUUCACACACCUCACAAUGGCCACCCCCCAACAACCACCACGCCUCUACUUCGCCUACGGUUCCAACCUCUCCCUCUCCCAAAUGGCCUCCCGCUGCCCCACCUCAACCUACCACGCCCUCGGCAUCCUCCACAACUACAAAUGGAUUAUCGGCCUACGAGGCUACGCAAAUGUGGUCUCUUCCCCUCCCCACUCCCACUCCCAACAAGAAGACCUCGUAUAUGGCCUCCUCUACACCCUCCAGCCCUCAGAUGAAGCGCUCCUAGACCGUGCAGAAGGCGUGCCCCGAUCUUACACCAAGCAUGUACUUGACGUCGAACUCGUCGUUCCUGGGAAAGAAGGGAAGGAGAGAGUGAAGGCGUUGGUGUACGUGGAUGAAGUGAGGACGGCGACGGGUGUUUGUAAAGAAGAGUACGUGGGGAGGAUGAAUAGGGGGAUAAGGGACGCGGUAGAGAAAGGCAUGCCGGGGAGUUAUGUGGAGGGGGUGUUGAGGAAGUGGGUUAGGGAUGUGGAGGUCAGUGAUGGAGAGGAGGUGGGGGAUCCAUUUCAUCCCGGGCAGGAGGUGAUUCCGGAGUAGUGUCAUGUGGUGGCAUGAGAAGGGAGGAAUUGGGCCAGGAUGGGGUGGGAGAUGUGGGCGUUGAGUUUGGGUGAGGGGUAUGGAGCUGGGUUUAUGAGGAGGUACUGAUGGCGAGUGAUUCAACUAAUGUGCACCUGUCCAAGGGAACUUUGUUGGGUUCUUCUGGGUGGUUGCCAAGCAAUGAGGAGAUAAAGCUACCAGUUCUUGUGUUUUGCUGUGGAAAAGAGCGAGUGAGCUGUAGUCUUUAUAUUAAGAGUUGUCCAUGACAUCAGUAUAAGGGAAUCAAUCAUAUCUUACUCCAUUGGAGAGGAGACCACAUGGGAAGGCGUGAUUCUGUUGAAGAUCGUA